AAUUUGGCCUAACUCUACUCCUUAGGUUAUUGAUUUAUGUAAUCAUGAGGCCUCGGCCUUUACACAAAAUCAUAUUCAAUAAAUUUUCAUAUUACCUAAAAAAAAAUCCUACCGGUUUCCCUUUUCUUUUGUAGUUCUUUACCUAUACGGUUCCACCAUUUUUAUAUAAAUGUAUGGUUCUAUCAGACGCUUCUCCCAACGGCUAUUGAGUCACACGAAUUAGAUUAUUGGAAAGAAACUGUCCAUUGAGCGUUUCUCUCUCUCCUUGCUGCGUUUCUCUCUCUUCCCAAUUCUCUACGAAAGAAUAAAAGAGGGAAACGAGGGAGAAAUAAAACAGUACAGGAACGUUGAAGUUGAUCUCUCUCUGCAAGGCUUGGUAGACAAGUCCACGGUCCACAAUCCCACGUGAGGUGGCCCAACCACGACGACCCCAGUCACCCCCCUCUAGGUCCCUAAUGAUGGCUAACCUUCCUCAAUCGUUGUCUCUGAAUCCUCCCUUCGGAGGCUCAAAUCCCACUUCUUCUGCCAGCGCCAACCCUGCUCAGGCCAACAAGGACCGUAAGAUGGCGUCCGCCGAGCAGUUGGUACUCGAGCUCAGUAACCCUGAUCUUAGAGAGAAUGCCCUUCUCGAUCUCUCCAAGAAGAGAGAAAUAUUCCAAGAUUUGGCCCCAUUGUUGUGGAAUUCUUUUGGUACUAUUGCUGCACUCUUACAGGAGAUUGUAUCAAUAUACCCUGUUCUUUCACCACCAACUCUAACUCCAGGAGCAUCAAACCGGGUUUGCAAUGCACUCGCUCUUCUUCAGUGUGUAGCUUCUCAUCCAGAUACAAGGACAUUGUUCCUGAAUGCCCAUAUACCUUUGUAUCUGUACCCUUUCCUCAAUACAACAAGUAAGACGAGACCUUUUGAGUAUCUGAGGCUUACUAGCUUGGGUGUUAUUGGUGCUCUUGUAAAGGUUGAUGAUACAGAGGUUAUCAGUUUCCUUCUCUCCACAGAAAUUAUCCCCUUGUGCUUGCGCACGAUGGAGAUGGGCAGUGAGCUUUCGAAAACAGUGGCUACAUUUAUAGUUCAAAAAAUUCUGUUGGAUGAUGUGGGGCUGCGUUAUAUUUGUGCAACAGCAGAACGGUUCUUUGCAGUGGGUCGUGUCUUGGGAACCAUGGUUCAGUCUCUUGCUGAGCAACCCUCUCCACGUCUGCUGAAACAUAUUAUUCGUUGUUAUCUUAGACUGUCAGAUAAUCCGAGGGCUUGUGAAGCAUUAAGGAAUUGCCUUCCAGAUAUGUUAAGGGAUUCAACCUUUAACAGUUGCCUUCGUGAUGAUCUAACAACCAAGCGUUGGUUGCAACAGUUGGUGCAUAAUGUAGCAGCAGGAGGCAGGGCUGCUGCCCUUCAAUCUGUGGGAGGAAUUGAGCAUAUGCUUGGUAGCAGUGUUGUCUAACUAAAUUUUCUUCUGCGUCUGGCCGGCCGAAUUGCGGCAAUGAAGCGCCAUAGGAAGGAUCAUGAUAUAUCCUUAUCGAAGUGUCAAUACACAUUUGUUUUAAUUAAGAUUAGCUUAAGCAUUUGUUUUAAUUAAGAUUAGCUUAGGAAUCCUUAUUUACCUUGAUUAUAUAUCAUUGUCAUGUUACAUAUUAGAUGUUUCACAAAGGUGAAAUUGAUUCAUUGACUUGGUUAUGGAAUUCUUAACAAAGUUUCUAAAA